AUUUGAGUUUGGGUGACAUCAAUCUAAGAUUUCGAUUUGGAAUUCAGUUGGAACUCUGUAAACAAGAGAUUCGCCGGCACGGUUGAAGUGCAGUGUUGUGUUGUGUGCAUUCAAUUUCAUCAUAGAUUCGAUUCGAUGGCGGAUCAAGUAGAAGGAACGGUGCAGAACGUUCUGGAACAAGAGUCUCUCAAGUGGGUCUUCGUCGGCGGCAAAGGCGGCGUCGGAAAAACCACUUGCAGCUCCAUCCUCUCCAUCCUUCUCGCCUCCGUCCGCUCCUCCGUUCUCAUCAUCUCCACCGACCCCGCUCACAAUCUCAGCGACGCUUUCCAACAACGCUUCACCAAAACCCCCACUCUCGUCAAUGGCUUCUCCAAUCUCUAUGCCAUGGAGGUGGAUCCUGCUGUUGAGCAUGAGGACAUGGGUAGUUCUGAUGGGAUGGAUAGUUUGGUCUCAGAGCUAGCUGGUGCUAUUCCUGGAAUUGAUGAGGCCAUGAGCUUUGCUGAGAUGCUCAAAUUGGUGCAGACAAUGGAUUAUUCUGUUAUUGUAUUUGAUACUGCUCCCACUGGCCAUACACUUAGACUGUUGCAAUUCCCAUCAGUUUUAGAAAAGGGUCUUGCAAAAAUGAUGUCUUUGAAAAAUAAGUUUGGUGGUUUAUUUAAUCAGAUGACUCGGAUGUUUGGCAUGGGUGACGAUUUUGGUGAAGAUGCAAUUCUUGGGAAGCUUGAAGGCAUGAAGGAUGUAAUUGAACAAGUUAAUAAGCAAUUCAAAGAUCCAGAUAUGACAACCUUUGUAUGUGUUUGCAUUCCCGAAUUCCUCUCACUAUAUGAAACAGAGAGAUUGGUUCAGGAACUUACGAAGUUUGAGAUUGACACGCACAAUAUCAUCAUUAAUCAAGUAAUCUUUGACGAUGAAGAUGUUGAAUCCAAGUUACUUAAAGCAAGAAUGAAAAUGCAGCAGAAGUAUCUGGACCAGUUUUACAUGUUGUAUGAUGACUUUAACAUUACGAAACUGCCAUUGCUCCCAGAAGAGGUUACCGGCGUUGAAGCUCUAAAAGCGUUUUCGAGACAUUUCACGACACCGUAUCAACCCUUAGCUAGUAGAGACCAAGUAGAACGGUUAGAGCAGAGAGUAUCAGGACUACAACACCAGUUAAAAGAGGCUGAAGAAGAAUUGGAGAGAGUCAAAAGAGGGAAGCACAGGGCUUGAAUGGCAUCCAUUCAUGAAUAAUGUCAUUUUGGUUCACAUUCUUUUUAAGUUUACAUUGGAUAAAGCAUCCUCUUCUGUGUUGGGCUGCCAAUAUGUGUCAAUUAUCUAUUUCCUGCUCUACUUAAUGUCACAACGAGCUUUCUCAUGUAAACCAAAAAAAAUAAACAGAUAUAAAUGUUAAGGUAGUCUAAUUUGUUUCAGGAAUAUUCUUUACUUGUCUCUUUCAGAUUGUGACUCAGAUAAUUUCUUAUGAAUAUUCUUUCCUUGUUCUGUUUUGAA